CUCUUGGCGCGGAGCGGGGCGGCGGUCUCGAGGACGGAGGCAUCACCAGACGGAAGCCUCUCGGAGGAGAAGCCUCCGUUUGCCAUCUCCACCAUCUCCAGCAUCGACCGCCGGAAGUCGGAGUCCGGUCCCUCGAUAGGAUCACCACCGCCUGCCCCUCGCACUGCGGAGACAGAGACCCCGUGCUCAGCCGGGCCUCCUCGAUGAGGGAGCCCGACGAGCCCGGCUUCACGAAGAACCGCUCCGACGGCCGGAUGGGUUCCGUACACGGCACCGUACACGCAGCUGGUGGUGUUGACAUCGUAGAGGGGGUUGCAGUUCCGUGUGGCUGGGAGCAGAGGAGGCUGUUGAGCGGAUUCCUUCUGUUUGGGAAGCGAGAGUUUGCAAUGGAGCAUGGCUCUCUGACUGAUUUGACAUCGUCAACAUUUUCUUUAAUGGAUGAGGAUCACACAUUGGCAAAUUCUGUCAGAUUCACACUGAAUCAAGAUCCAAGGGUGGCAUUUUGUGGGUAUAGCAUCCCUCAUCCUUCAGAUAACAAGGUUAACAUAAGAAUCCAAACUACAGGUGAUACAGCCAAAGAUGUACUAAAAGAUGCACUCCAAAAUUUGAUGGUGAUGUGCCAGCAUGUAAGGACUACAUUUGACAAGGCAGUAGCUGAUUAUGAAACGAAUCAACCUUCUGAACACAUGAAUAUUGAUACCCCUUGAAAUUAAAGGAUGAAAGAUGAAGAUAUUUUAUUAACUAGUGGUUGUAUUUGUUAAAGUUGGGGAAGACUCAGCUUCUAUGAUUGCAUGUUUCAUGGGAAUGUAGGACAUCUUACUCUUUGAUGUUACUAUGCUGCAAUGAUCUUGAUCCUGGUUACACAAAAUGUGAAUACUUUUUAUCCCUCUCACACAAAAGGUGAAUAUAUUCUAUUGUCAAAAUGCGGAUCUUAUUUGAUCCUUUGUGUUA